AUGUCAAAAAUCAGAAGGAAAGUCACAGUGGAAAAUACCAAGACCAUAUCUGAUGGCACAUCUCGAAGACCCAGUGUAUUUGAAAGGCUUGGACCUAGCACUGGCAGUACAACAGAGACACAGUGUCGUAAUUGGCUGAAGACUGGCAAUUGCCUUUAUGGAAACACAUGCAGAUUCGUACAUGGCCCUUCACCUCGUGGUAAAGGCUAUAGCAGCAGUUAUAGAAGGUCACCGGAAAGACCCACAGGGGAUCUUAGAGAAAGAAUGAAGAACAAGCGCCAAGAUGUGGACACAGAGUCCCAGAAGCGAAAUGCGGAGGAGUCAUCCUCACCUGUUAGGAAAGAGUCUUCAAGAGGGAGACAUCGGGAAAAGGAAGACAUAAAAAUCACUAAGGAAAGAACUCCAGAAAGUGAAGAAGAUAAUGUAGAAUGGGAAACUAAUAGAGAUGAUUCUGACAAUGGAGAUAUUAAUUAUGAUUACGUUCAUGAAUUGUCAUUGGAAAUGAAGCGUCAGAAGAUACAGAGGGAAUUAAUGAAGCUUGAACAAGAGAAUAUGGAGAAAAGAGAAGAAAUUAUCAUUAAAAAGGAGGUUUCACCAGAAAUGGUUAGAUCAAAAUUGUCUCCAUCACCUUCUUUAAGAAAAUCCAGCAAAUCGCCAAAGCGAAAAUCCAGCCCUAAGUCCUCUUCAGCCAGUAAGAAAGAUAGAAAGACAUCUGCAGUGUCUUCUCCCAUGCUGGACCAACAGAGAACUUCAAAGAGCGGCCAGAGCAAGAAGAAAGGACCUCGAACUCCGAGUCCACCUCCUCCUAUACAGGAAGAUACUACUCUGGGCAAAAAAUACAGAGAAAAGUAUAAACUAAAAGACCGGAUAGAAGAAAAACCGAGAGAUGGAAAGGACAGAGGACGUGAUUUUGAAAGACAGAGGGAGAAAAGAGAUAAGCCAAGGUCCUCCUCUCCAGCGGGACAGCAUCAUUCUCCCAUAUCUUCUCGACAUCACUCAUCUUCUUCACAGUCAGGGUCAUCUAUUCAGAGACAUUCUCCUUCUCCACGGAGAAAAAGAACUCCUUCCCCAUCUUAUCAGCGGACAAUAAGCCCCCCUUUACGACGCUCUGCUUCUCCUUAUCCUUCGCAUUCGUUGCCCUCUCCUCAGAGAAAGCAAAGUCCUCCAAGACACCGUUCUCCAGUGCGGGAGAAAGGGAGGCACGAUCAUGAUCGAACCUCUCAGUCUCACGAUCGGCGACAUGAACGGAGAGAAGAGACCAGAGGCAAAAGGGAAAGAGAAAAGGACACGAGAGAAGAGCGGGAGUAUGAACAGGAUCAGAGCUCUUCUAGAGACCAUAGAGAUGACAGAGAACCUCGGGAAGGCCGUGAUCGGAGAGAGCCCAGAGAGGCAAGAGACAGAAGGGAGCUAAGGGACUCCAGAGAUCUGCGGGAUUCCAGAGACAUGAGAGACUACAGCCGCGACAGCAAAGACAGCCGUGAGCCUAGAGACUCUCGUUCCACUCGGGAUGCACAUGACUACAGGGACCGUGAAAAUCGGGAUGCUCACCGAAAGGAGGAGACCUAUCAGGAAGAAUCCCGGAGUUAUAGCAGAAACCAUCUAAGAGAAGAAAGUUCUCGUACUGAGAUAAGGAAUGAUUCCAGAAAUGACUCUCGAAGUGAAAUUAGAAAUGACCGGAUGGGCCGGAAUAGGGGGAGAGUUCCAGAAGUACCUGAAAAGGGGAGUCGAGGCACAAGAGCUUCUCAAAUUGACAGCCACAGUAGUAGUAGCAACUAUCACGACAACUGGGAAACUCGAAAUAGCUAUCCUGAAAGAGACAGAUAUCCGGAAAGAGACAGCAGAGAUCAAGCAAGGGAUUCUUCUUUUGAGAGAAGACAUGGAGAAAGAGACCGUCGUGACAACAGAGAACGAGAUCAAAGACCAAGCUCACCAAUUCGACAUCAGGGAAGGAAUGACGAGCUUGAGCGUGAUGAAAGAAGAGAGGAACGAAGAAUAGACAGAGUGGAUGAUAGAAGAGAUGAAAGGGCUAGAGAGAGAGAAAGAGACCGGGACCGAGACAGAGAGCGAGAGAGAGAGAGGGAGCGAGAGCGGGAAAGGGAACGAGAGAAAGAGAGAGAACUAGAGAGAGAGCGUGCUGCCCGGGAAAGAGAGAGAGAAAGAGAGAAAGAAAGAGACCGGGAAAGGGACAGAGAUCGUGACCAUGAACGUGAGAGGGAAAGGGGGCGAGAACGAGAUAGGGAAAAAGAACGGGAGCGAGAGAGAGAAGAGAGGGAGAGAGAAAGAGAGCGAGAGCGCGAGAGGGAGAGAGAACGAGAACGGGAGCGAGAAAGAGCGAGAGAAAGGGAGAAAGAACGGGACCGGCAGAGGGAAUGGGAAGACAAAGACAAAGGGCGAGAGGAGCGCCGGGAAAAGCGAGACGAUAUCCAGGAAGAACGGAGUGCCAGAGAGAGCCAUGAUGAAAGGAAGUCAAAGAAACGUUAUAGAAAUGAAGGGAGUCCUAGCCCUCGUCAGUCACCUAAACGCCGACGUGAACAUUCUCCGGACAGUGAUGCCUACAACAGUGGAGAUGAUAAAAAUGAGAAGCAUAGACUUUUGAGCCAAGUUGUACGGCCUCAAGAAUCUCGUUCGCUUAGUCCCUCGCACCUUACGGAGGACAGACCAAGUAGAUGGAAAGAGGAGGAUCGCAAACCAGAAAGAAAAGAGAGUUCGCGGCGCUAUGAAGAACUCGACCUUAAAGAGAAACUAUCUUCUCUAGAGAAACAGAGAGAACUGACAGAAAUCAUGGAAAGCUCAAGGACGCGUUCACAGGACAUUCUAGGACAUCGCCACCAGUCGUCAGAAGACCGAGAUGUAUCUGAUCGAGCUCAUGAAGAAAGCAAGAAAAAAGUAAAACUUCAGAAGAGACCCAUUAAGAAAAAGAAGGAUGAUGAUGUUGUGAUAGAGAGGGGUCAUGCAGAGAUAACAUCUGAAGAUGGCCAAGUAUUUUCGCCCAAAAAGGGACAGAAAAAGAAAAGUAUUGAAAAAAAACGUAAAAGAUCAAAAGGUGACUCUGACAUUUCUGAAGAAGAGAUAACUCAGCAAAGUAAGAAGAAGAGAGGCCCACGGACGCCCCCUAUAAUAGUUAAAGAGGACUUGGUUGGAAUUUCUAGUGACAAGAAUAGCACUGUAGAUGAUGCUCAGAAAAAAGAAGACACAGCGUUUAGUGACUGGUCUGAUGAGGAUGUGCCUGACCGCACGGAGAUGGUGGAGCCUGAGCAUGCAGCCACCACUGCUACUCCUACUAGCACUCCACCUCUGUCUUCCAUCCUUCCUCCUCCUCCUCCUCUGGGUACUGCGGCUGCUGCGCUUGCCACUGCUAAUAGUGCUGUUGCAGCUGCCUUUAGUACAUCCUCCACCACCAUUUCCUCCUCAGCCGCUUCCACUCCAUUUACCAGUGAAGAAUUGCAUAGAAAAUGCCACAGAGCGCGGAUAGAGAAAGUCGAAGCACCCCGUGUCACCCUAGAAAGUGCACCACAUCGUAAGCCAGUGGAUCAGAAAAGGAGUAGCAGCCUCGGGAGCAAUCGGAGUAAUCGGAGUCAUACAUCUGGUCGGCUCCGCUCCCCAUCCAAUGACUCUGCACAUCGAAACGGAGAUGACCAAAGUGGUCGAAAGAGAGUGCUGCAUAGUAAUUCAAGGGACAGGGAAAAAACCAAGAGCCUAGAAAUCACAGGAGAAAGGAAGUCCAGAAUUGACCAGUUAAAGCGUGGAGAACCAAGUCGAAGCACUUCCUCAGAUCGCCAGGAUUCAAGAAGCCAUAGUUCACGAAGAAGUUCUCCUGAAUCUGACCGACAGGUUCAUUCAAGAUCUGGGUCAUUUGAUAGCAGAGAUAGGCUUCAAGAACGUGAUAGAUUUGAACAUGAAAGAGACCGGGAGAGAGAGAGGAGAGAUACAAGGCAGAGAGAGUGGGACCGAGACACUGAGAAAGAUUGGGCACGGACCAGGGACCGAGAUAGAUUGAGGGAACGAGAAAAGAGGAGAGAACUGGACAGAGAAAGAGAGAGAGUCAUUCCAGAUUCUGUUGAAAGGGAUAGGGACAGAGACAGAACUUUUGAGAGUUCUUCCCAAAUAGAGUCAGUAAAACGUGGUGAAGCAAAAUUAGAAGGUGAACUUGAGAGAGACCCAGAAGGCAGUGCUCGAGAUGCUGCAAAUUUCGAUAAAGAAAGGUUGGAUAAAGAUCUGGGAUCUGUGCAAGGAUUUGAAGAUCUAAAUAAAGCUGAGAGAACUGAAAAUAUGGAAGCAGGAGAUGAGGAAUCCAAGUUAGAUGAUGCACAUUCUUUAGGGUCUGGUGCUGGAGAAGGAUAUGAGCCCAUCAGUGAUGAUGAACUUGAUGAAAUCCUUGCUGGUGAUGCUGAGAAGAGGGAGGAGCAACAGGAUGAUGAGAAGAUGCCAGAUCCGUUAGAUGUGAUAGAUGUGGAUUGGUCUGGUCUCAUGCCAAAGAAUCCAAAAGAAACGCUAGAGCCUGGAGCUGCACUCUUAAAAUUCACACCUGGAGCAGUUAUGCUGAGAGUUGGGAUUUCUAAAAAGUUGGCAGGCUCUGAACUUUUUAAUAAAGUCAAAGAAACAUGUCAGAGACUUUCAGAAAAAUCCAAAGAUGCAGACAGUCUUUUUGAACAUGAAUUGGGAGCUCUCAACAUGGCUGCAUUACUUCGAAAAGAAGAAAGGGCAAAUCUUCUUAGUAAUCUUGGACCGUGUUGUAAAGCAUUAUGCUUCAGGCGAGAUUCUGCAAUUCGUAAGCAACUUGUUAAAAAUGAAAAGGGCACAGUGAAACAAACUUAUACAAAUGCCCCAAUGGUGGACAAUGAAUUAUUACGGUUGAGUCUGAGACUGUUUAAGCGGAAGACUGCUUGCCAUGCCCUAGGGCAUGAGAAGACUGAAGAUAAUAAGCUUUCACAGUCCAGUAUUCAGCAAGAAGUGUGUGUGUCUUAA